AUGUCAAGAAUCAUCAUCCGAGUCAACCCAGACUUCCUCAUAGACGAUGGUCCAGAGACCUCAGUCCCCAUUCAAGCAGUGGUUCGCCCACUCUCGCACCCCGUCUUCUCCUCGACCAAGAUCCGCCUCUUCGGGCCCCUGGGUGCAGCAGUCCCACUCAGAGAAUUCACAGUCGCACCAGACGAGGAUGUCGUUGCUGGCGUAAAAGUCACCAAUGAACGGCGCAGAUUGCAGCCUUGGCUACCUGACCCUUACUGCACGACGUACUAUACCCCGUACAUACCACAAGAUCUCACAGAGCCGCAAUUCAAAGUCAUGAUCCAGUUCCAUCGUUUCGCGAAGGGCGAGGAUGUCUUGCCUAGUCAGCUCUCGCAGCGUGCUAUACGAUGCGUUCUAUCCGCCAACAACAAUUUGCCUGACCCAUACACACGCUUCAUCAGACGGACCCGACGCUGGAGAUACACCGGCUGGACGAGGGCACAUUUCCUGGAAUUCUUCCGCAUAUAUCGUUCGGCUAUCUUGAGCUCGACCGCUGAUGGAAGUGGCAUUCUGGAACUGCAGGGGUUGGGAGAGUGGAUUGAUGCAGUCCCCCCUAUAGGGAUGGGCUGUGAGGAGUGGGAGACAUUGUUUAUGGAGAUUGGAGGGUUGGAGAAUGUUUCCACGGACGAGGAGAGAUGGGAUGUUGCUCAUGUUGUUGGUGCUGAUGCUGCUCAGGCUGGCAGUGAUGACGACGAUGAUGCCGCUGUUGCCAUGAGAGAGCGAAGGAAGAAGAAGAAGAGCGGCGAGAAGGAUAGACUGGCUGCGUUGUGGAGGGACGGGUAG